UACAUGUGAGUAAAAAAAGGAAAGGAUGGUAAGAGAAAAAGAGAGUGUAUGGACUUCAUUUGGGUGAUAAGCCCAUAAAAGGACCAAGGAAUCAAUUACUCCUUCCCUUUGUUUCCACCAUUCUCAGCCUCCUCCUGCUGUGUUUUCUCAUCUGACCUGGGUGGUGGAGUAGAGUGAAAGAGGAGGAUGGUGAGAGGGAAGACGCAGAUGAGGCGUAUAGAGAACGCCACGAGCAGGCAAGUGACUUUCUCCAAGAGAAGGAACGGGCUGUUGAAGAAAGCCUUUGAGCUUUCUGUUCUUUGUGAUGCGGAGGUGGCUUUGAUUAUCUUCUCUCCCAGAGGCAAGCUCCAUGAAUUUGCUAGCUCCAGCAUGCAUGAGACAAUUGAACGAUACCGGAAACACACCAAGGAUAUUAAAAGCAACAACCCACCUAUGACGCAGAACACUCAGCAUCUAAAGCAUGAAACAGCAAGUUUGGCUAAGAAGAUUGAGCUACUUGAAGUUUCAAAGCGCAAAUUAUUGGGAGAAGGUCUAGGAUCAUGCUCCAUUAGUGAACUGCAACAGAUAGAACAGCAGCUGGAGAAGAGUGUAUGCACUGUGCGAGCUAGAAAGAUGCAGACCUUCAAAGAGCAGAUUGAGCAACUAAAGGAAAAGGGGAAGAAUCUUGAAGCAGAAAAUGCAAUCCUACUUGCCAAGUGUGAAGAAGAACCGCGACAAGAGUCGCCAGAAGAUAGAGGUAACUUAACAUCAAUAACAGAAAGCAGUGAGAAUUCAGAUGUGGAGACUGAGCUGUUCAUUGGACCUCCAGAAAAGAGACUUAAGCAGCGCAUCAUCGACAAAUGAUACUACUGCACUUGUGGAUUCUUGCAUUUGCUUUUCCCUAUCAAUUGGGGCCGUUUGGCUGAGUUUAAAAUAAGUGACUUCUUGCUUAAAGUAAAGAAGCGGAUUAAAAUUUAUAAGUUUGCUAGGACUUAUAAGUUAUUAGAAGUGUUUGGAUACAACCACUUAUAAGUUUUUAAGUGUUUGGAUAACUUAA